AUGGACCAACACAUACUCCAAGAUUGUAAACUUGAUCCCAACACCGCCCUCCUCAAAUACCCAGUCGCAUUUCGCGUCGAAAGCAAAGGCCGACCUCCCAGCGUCUCUGCACCGAUUUACAAUGGACCAACCCUUCGCAGUAUAAUCUGGGGGCCAGCAACUCUAGAAUUUGCGACCAAACACCUCCUCGAAGAUGAAUCCGCCACCCCGUUCGUAUCGGUCCUGUGGAUCUGGGACAGAGCGCUCCAAAGAGCCGAAACUUUAGCAAAUCAAGGAUGCUUCGAUAUCAGAAUAUUCAUCAUUGAUCUCGCACCUUUACACGCGGAUUUUCGGGUGUAUGAUGCAUACAAACUCUCCAAGAGCUUGGGAUUCAAAUCUGUGAAGACGCCCGGGAGACCAUGCACCGACGACCACAAAGGAGAGCUGUUAUUGCACUGUGGGAACAGCGAGCAAUACUGCUCUGUUCUUGCGAGUAUUCCUGCUGGUAUGCCGACGAUAUACUACGAUUCGACAUUAUCUUCUUCCGGGAUUCUCAGAUUACCGGUAGAGUAUUUCGAACAGCUUUCUCAACGUCUCGUAACCAGAUCACGGGGAGGAGUGAGGAAGAGUAUGCUCAUGGGCAUCAUUGAAGACGUCAAAACGACGGAUGAAGAGACGUGGUUGGAUGAAGGUUCCGCGAAGUUGCUGCAGGACGUAUUGGAAGAUGAACUGCUGGAUCAAUGCCAGGCGCUAGGGCGGGACAAGAUGGAAAAAAUCCCUUCAGCGAUCAUAAAGGCGAUGACGAUGGACGUCAGUGAUUACUUGGGCUUGAUGAAGGUAAUCAAGUUGCCGGACACUUAUUUCGUGCCAGAAAAGAAGUUGGGACGGGAGUACAGGCAGUCUUUCAUGUCUUUCUGA